GAAAUUAUGAAGUAAGCGCUACUUGGCGUUGUUGCCUGAGUUGGUCGUAUAGUAGUAUAUCUUCAAGGUUACUUCCAUCCUCGCCCCAUAUUUCUGCAUCGCUACGUUUCCGUCUUGAAAGGGAAUACUUCUGCAAAUCAGCCAGUGGACGCGAGUGUAUAACCCCGACAAUGCAAUGCCAACUAGGUGUUCGUGUGCUACUGUCGCUGCUAGCGUUGCUAUUCUUGACUGGAUGCAGCCAGUCCAAGAUCUUGCCUUACACGGAAGAGUGGACGGAGAGCAGGAUCGAUCAUUUCAAUCCGAUCAUUCGGACUCCUGACAAGUUCGCGCAGCGCAUGCUCGUGAACAAGCAGUAUUUCGACGAAGACGCCGGCCCAAUUCUGCUGUACACCGGCAAUGAGGGAGCCAUUGACCAAUUCUGGAAUAACACUGGAUUUGUUUUUGAACUGGCGGAGCUACACAAAGGGUACGUCAUCUUCAUUGAACACCGUUACUACGGGAAAUCAAUACCGUUCGGAGAUGCCUGGACUCAAAACUACAACUAUCAAUUUUUGACCGUGGAGCAGGCCAUUGCCGAUUACGCCGUUAUCAUCAGCCGACUGAAGACCAGUCUUGGCAAUCCCAAGCGCAAAGUCAUUGCGUUUGGAGGUAGCUACGGUGGGGUGUUGACGGCAUUCAUGCGCUUCAAGUAUCCGAACAUUGUCGACGGAGGGCUGGCGGCAAGUGCACCGAUUUACCCGAUGGGUGGGUAUGAUUUCUACCGCGCGGUGACGGAGGACUGUGAGCGCUACAACAGCCAGUGUCCUAUACGCGUUCGCAGCGGCUACACCAUGCUACUGGAUACGGUGAAGACGAUGAGCGGCUUGGACAAAGUUACACAACUGUUUCACCUGUGCAAGCCGCUGACGGCUCUGUCGCUGCCGCACUUCCUCCUGUGGGCGCGCAACGCGUUUACUAUCAUGGCCAUGGCUGACUACCCGUAUCCGGCGUCGUUCCUCGGCAGUUUACCAGCGUACCCCAUCAAUGAUGCGUGCAACACGAUUCUGGGUGGAGACGAUGCAUUGAGCGGCCUGGCCAAUGCCACCGUGAGGUUCUACGACGCCACUGCAACCGGUAGCCAUACGCAAUGCCAUGACCUCGACAAGGAGUACAUCACGUGUGCGGAUGCUACGGGCUGUGGAAACAUGGCCCAGUGGGACAUACAGAUUUGCCUUCAGGUACGGCUGGCUUCCGGUACGAACAACAAGACUGAUAUGUUUCCGCCGAUCGAGCCGUGGACCGACAGCGUGUACGAGGCGUACUGUGCAAAGAAGUACGGAUCUGGCCUGGCAUACAACACCGACUUCUACAACAUCAACUUCUGGACGGAUCAGAUCCGCGGGGCUUCCAACCUGAUCUUCUCCAACGGCGACCUUGAUCCGUGGCGUUACGGCGGCGUAUAUGGCACAGAUCUUCCCUCAACGGUGUACCCAAUCAUUGUGAAGGGCGGCGCCCAUCACCUGGACUUGCGAGGUUCUGACAAGCGUGAUCCGGCAACGGUCACCGCUGCUCGAGACGUAGAGAAGUUGAUCAUCGCCGAUUGGUUGUACUUGGGUAACUGAUAGGCACUACUGUGCUAGAGACGUGAUUUGUUUUGCCAAAAGCGAGUGGGUCCCUGGUUCAAGUCCUGGUGUUGGCAGCCAGGGAGUCAUCAAAUCCGGCAUUUGAUGACUCCGUGGUGGAAGUCAUUUUUUCUUCUGACUUGUCCCGUUUCCGCUCGCUCAAACGUUUGAUAAUGUCCAAUUCUGCAUUUUAGCAGUCCAAAGUUACUAGUUACUAGUAAUUAGAUUACUUCUGAAGUAUUUGAAGUUUGUAUUUCCAAACUCCUUUUUAUUAUUCCUCAAUUUUAUUUCUUGACAGCUAGCUGUUUCUACAGAAUAGUUUAUUUUGUUUAUUAUGAACGUUGGCAAGAAAAUACUUAGUAUUACUAGUA